AUGGCUCUCUUACUUAGGGAGUUUGUAAGGAUGACCACGGAGAUGAUUGCAAUGAGGGCGGAUGUGGGAAGUAUCAAUGUUAGGUUGGCAAAUGUGGAGCAAACAAGGUAUGAAGAUAGGGGAGGUCAAGACCGCAACUUGCAUACUAUCAAGGUGGAACUUCCCAAGUUCAAAGGUGGGAGUGACCCGGAAGAGUUCUUAGAAUGGAAAUUGCAAAGCGAGAGGAUCUUCCUUACUAACAACAUCUCGAAUGUGUUGAAAGCAAAGCAUGAUCUCACCCAAUUUGAAGGGUAUGCAUCCACUUGGUUGGAAUCCAAAAAACGUAAGAGAGCUCAAUGGCAUAUAUAUGAUGUGCCAACUUGGCAAGAGUUGAUUGAGCUCAUGGAAGCAAGGUAUGUAACACCCGACUAUUAUCAAGGUGUUAUCAAAAGAGUAUACAUGUUGAGGCAAGGUAGUAAGAGUGUGGAAGAAUACUUCGAUGAGUUUGAGAACUUGAGGUUGAAAUCCAAGAUCGAAGAGCACUUGAACUACACGGUGAUCCGAUUUGUGGCCAAUUUGAACCAUGAUAUCUCCAAACCCAUGAGGCCUCAUUUCUAUACCACACUUGAGGAAGCAUUUCAUGAUGCAACUAAGGUUGAAGCGGAUUUGAAAGCGGAGAAAUCUUACAAGGCUAAGAAUGUGUCAUCCUUAUCAUGGAGCAAGAAUAGAUGGGAAAAGGCUAAGAUCACUACUCCAACUCCUCAAGCCAAGUUCGACUACAAAGCCAAGGGUGAAGACAAGGCUAAAGGAGGUAACAAUGCUAAACAUAACCUUUCUCAUCCUUCUACUAUUCAAUGUUUCAAAUGUCAAGGUAGGGGACACAUUGCAAGUGAAUGUCCUAAUAGAAGGGCAAUUGUGGUCAUGCUUGAUGGUUAUCGAACCGAUGGAGAGGAAGAGGGUGGUGGAGGAGGUAGUGAUGGUGAACCGAAAGGUGAACAUGAGAGAGAAUUUGAAGAGGAGGAUGAUGAACGGCAGCUAGAGGACAAUAUUAAUUUGGCUUGUGUGUUGCGAAGGAUCAUGGGAGCAAUGAAUAGAGAGGAACUUGAUCAAAGGGAAAACCUCUUCCAUACUCGAUGCAAAAUCAUGGAUAAGGUGUGCUUUUCGAUCAUUGAUGGUGGUAGUUGCACAAAUGUGGUGAGCAUGACAUUGGUUGACCAUAUGAAAUUUCCCACAAGGAAACAUCCUAGCCCCUACAAGCUUCAAUGGUUCAAUGAUUAUGGAGAAGUGAGGGUCACGAAGCGAGUUGUAGUGAAGUUUAGCAUUGGCAAGUACCAAGAUGAAGUCUUAUGUGAUGUGGUGCCAAUGCAAGCAUGUCAUAUGUUACUUGGGAGACCAUGGCAAUUUGAUAGGGAUGCUCAACAUAGUGGAAGAUCUAACAAGUAUUCCCUCGUCUUUGGGGGUAGAAAGCAUACUCUUACCCCAUUGACACCCGAUCAAGUGAGUAAGGACUAUAGAAUCAUGAAAGAACUCCGAAAGAGAGUGCAAAAUGAAGAGGUUGAAAAGGAGUCCUUACUUAGCCAAGAGGGUCAAGAG